AUGGGAAGAAGCGUGGGUCAAAGAGAAGAUAAAAUUGAGCCCAUUCAAAACUUAGAGCACCGAAAUAUUGUCUUCUCCAAAUGUAAGCAAAAGCUUUUCAAGAAAGCAACUAAGCUGUCUACGCUAUAUGGUGCAAAUACAGCCAUAGUAGUCUUUUCUCCUCAAGGAAAUAAUGUUUACUCUUUCGGUAGUCCUUCUGUUGAUACCAUUUUCAAUCGGUUUCUUAACCAAAACCCUGAAGUUAAAGCCCAGUAUCUCCUACAUGAAGCUUCUAGACAUGAGGUGGAAAACCAAUUGAAAGCUGAGAAGAAGCGAGGGAAGCUCCUUAAUGCUGCCCAUAAAAAAUCAGAAGAUUAUUUCAAUAGACUCAGCUGGGAUGAGUUGCGGCAACUGAAAGGCAAGCUCGAGGCACUAAAGAGGGAUGCGGAGGCAAGACACAAGGAGUUGCAGAAAGAGGCUGCUUCUGCUGCUUCUUCUUCAAUGUCAGAUGCCAAUGGACCACCAGUUGAAGAAACUGAUGAUGAGACUGAUAUUUAUCAUUCCCCAUGA